AUGUUGGAGCCAGUAUCCAUACCUCCCUCACCAGCAGGCACUCAACUCAACAACAUGGCAACCGCGACAAAGCAGCAGCAGGACCUCGACGCUCUGCGCAAUGCUGCCGUCCGUGACCAGCAGCAGACACCACGUGGUGUUCUGAACCACUCCAGCUCAGGAGAAUGGUCAGACAAGGACGGCAAGGACAGCAUGUCCUCUCCGGGCAUGCCACCACAUCACGAAUUGAAUCGAUCAGAGUCCAUUGGCUCGUCCGCCAGAAUGGAACAACCUGCAUCAUCAACUUUGCAAACUCCACGUGCCUGGAUGGGUCUUGCCCCGAUGGCGACUGUCGAUGAGGAGCUCGACCACGCUGAGCACAACCACUUCUUCUGGUCAAAGGUCAAGAUCGCCUUCAAGGAGCCUUUCGCCGAGUUCUGGGGCACUUUCGUCCUCGUCCUGUUUGGUACUGGUUCAAUCGCGCAGACACUGCUCACCGCAAACGACACAUCCGCUCCCGGUGCCGACGGAUUUGGUUCCUGGGUGACCAUCACUUGGGGCUGGGGUAUUGGUUUGAUGUUGGGUAUUUACAUCGCCGGUGACUCUGGCGCUUUCCUGAACCCUGCCGUCUGCCUCGCUUCUUGCAUGUUCCGCAAGCUCCCAUGGCGACGUCUGCCCAUGUACUGGUUAGCUGAGUUUAGCGGUGCCUUCGCCGCUGCCGCCGUCGUCUAUGGCAACUACAUCGGCUUGAUCAACGCCUACGAGAGCGGUGCCCGCAGCGUCGCUCCAUCUGAGACUGCCACCGCCGGAAUCUUCGCCACCUACCCAAGUCCAAGCAUUAGCACAACGAGCGCGUUUUUCGAUCAAUUCAUCGGCUCUGCACUCUUGGUUUUCAUCAUCUUCGCCCUUCAGGAUGAUUCGAACAAGGGCAAGUUUGUGGCUUCUGGUGCAUGGUUCCCACUCUGUCUCUUCUUCACCCUGACUGGUAUUGGUAUCGCAUUCGGUGCUCAGACCGGUUUCGCCAUCAACCCAGCCCGUGACUUGGGCCCACGUCUCCUCACCGCAGCUGUCGGCUACGGUCGCGAUGUCUGGAGUGCGGGAGACUACUACUUCUGGAUUCCAAUCGUCGCUCCAUUCGUUGGCUGCCCCGUCGGUGGCUUCCUCUACGAUGCAUUUGUCUACACUGGCGAGACCCCAGUCAACACUCCAUGGUUCGGCCUCAAGCAACUGUUCACCCCACACAAGAUGGUACAGAACCGCCUUGAGCGCCAAAAGGCUGAGGGUAUGGUCUAAGCGACUUACGGAACCUCUUUGUGCCUUUUUGGUUGAUUAGAACGAGAGAACAGUACGGCGGCAAUCGCCGGUACAUCAAAGCAAGAAAGCAAAACUGCUGUCACGGGGUGGAACAGGAACCCUCGUCGCGGCGCAUCAAGAGGGUUAUGCACAGGACUUCUUGAUGUGAUAUGAAUCCGGAUUGGAAUGGACAGGAAAGAAAAAGAUACUUUCUGUACUCUAACAUGACACUUGUAUAUUAGUUACGGCUGUAUGGUUUAAUGAGACCCA